UGUGUGUAUAUAAAGGGUGGGGCCGGGUCCAUCUAGGUGCAGUACUCAAUUCAGCUUGGUGGAACUGAAUUCAUUGCCAGAUGAGAGUGUGUGACCGUCCAGACUUGAAAACCUUGAAAACAGCUUAAAGAAAGCAAAAUUUGAGGGCAUUUUUAAAAUCGCAUGUGGUCGCUGAGAAUCGCACAAGGCAGCUUACAUUACAGUCUGACUGUCCUGCUCCAACGACAGCCAUUCUUAGAGCGUGGAGAAGGGUUUGGAUCUCAUGCUCAACUGUGACAUGUCCAGAAAAAAGAGUCGCGCAGAAGGGUCGUCAUCGUUGACAUAUGAUCGACAUGGGUUUUCGGCGCGAGCUGGAAUUUGUUGUCCAGAUGAACUAUACAACGAGCAUCUGGCUCUUCUAAACUGGGGGCGUCGAAGUGAACCACCACUGGACAUGGCUGUUUCAAUGUUUCCAAUUCCUCUCCAAUCAUUGGAGUGCGAGGACGCGAAUCCACAGAAUAAGGACGUCACUGUUUCACCAAUGUGCAUCAUGAGGCCUGAGUUCUCACUCGAAAAUUUUCCUGACCCAGACAACAGGUACAACCAAUUUCGAGAAGUUCAGGAGCACGUACAGCAAGAGGACUUCUCUAACAUUUCUAGCAGUUUUCCUGAGACUUUCACGGAUGGUACUCGAUUUUGUGUUCCUCAGUAUCCUGUCCAGGAAGGGAUAAACAACGCAAGCGGAGAUUCUAUAGCAAGUGCUGCAGCUCAAGAGCAGGUAGAUGCCCUCGGUGGACUGACACUUACACCGUACUCCAACAACUUCUUAGAUCAGAUGUUUCGUGAGCCAGCAGCUGUCCAUGUUCAUGGGCAUCAUCCUAUCAAUCUUGGGAGUAACUCACAACUUCGGGACGGUAUCGACCCUUGCAUUCGGUCAAAGCAUAACUCUUGUUCCACCUUGGAGGCCUCCUAUCCAAGUCCCGCAUCGCAGUCAGCCCGGGAAUCUAUCUUGAGAACGACAGUUCCACCUUCACCUGGAGAGUUGUCAUGUCAAGACCAUGCUCUCAUGCAGCUGCAGCUGAACUUUGCUCUGAACGACGAGUUCAUACGACUCCAGGGUGCCCAAGGCAAGUCACGCUCUCACGAUCCGAUACUGUCUCUUUUGCCAGCCGUGGAUACGUAUUUCCCUGAACGUGAUGGGAAAAGUGGUUUGGAAUCUUCUGGAGAGAUAAUGAAGUUCGAGGCGAAUUUGGACACGGACGUGGACACAAGUUGCGGACUCAAGAUGCCCCAGCUGCAUGUUUUGCAUGGGAAGGCUCCAACUAAUCUGCCACCCUUGAAUGGGGCUCAUCUGGCAGCUCCAAGUCCCAUGCGAUAUCCAGAAGGAGGUUCAGAGGCGGGGCUGAUCUGUGCAGGUGGUAGACAGAAGAAGGACAUACUUGCUGCGCCUGUUGCAGAAGCCCCACACUUCCAUAAACGGGCAUCUUUCAGCAGAGUGAACUCUGAUCCAGCACCCCUCGCUCCGCAACAUGGGUCGGCCAGCAUGGAUACCAGCAAGGCCAGAAAUGCUCAGAACAGGGAUCGAGUUCCAUCCAACAAGUGUGUCGCUCAAACACCUUCACACUUGGACGCUGGCCCUGUUUCAUCGACAUUUGCCAGGGAAAAACUACGCCGUGAGAAGCUGACCGAGAACUACAACACCUUAAAAUCUAUGCUCCCAAAACAUACCAAGGUAGAUCGAGCGUCAAUUUUGCAGGCAACAAUAGCCCGUGUGAAGCUUCUAGAAAGUGAAAAAUCCUAUCUUGAGAAUAUGAAACAAAAGAGGUCGAUCAUGAAAAACCUUCAAGCACAGGAAAAGGCAGCUGAAGGUCAGAUAUCAGAGCAAAGCGGCGAAGUCGACUGUCAUUGGCUUAAGAGGACUUCUCGUCAUGGCACACGCGUGGACAUGCGCAUAGUCCAUGAUGAAAUGUAUGUCAACAUAGUCCAGCAGCAUCUGCCGAUGUUCUUGUUGCGGAUAAUGUCGUUUCUCGAAACCAAGUUGAAACUUGAUAUCCUGAAUGCGACAGGGAGCGUCAUCAAUGGUUUCGAUGUCUACAACUUUGAACUUAAGAUCAAAGGAGAAUUAUGUGGAGAUGCGAGUGAGGUGAUGAGAAACAUUAUGGAUACAUUGGACUCAGUGAUUUGAGCAAACAUAUACAUCAGCUUACUUCAUAUUCCAACAUUUUUACUGCAACAUGUAUUCUAUUUGUCCUUGUAUAACAAAUUAAAAUAUGCUAAGCUACAAUUGACGAAUUUUGAAUUCCAUUUUCAUAGUAUAGUCACUGUUCGAAUGAUUGUAUCAGUAAUGUAUCAUACUCUGAUCUAGACGUGGAUCCAUGUAGCGCGAAGUGACUAGCUUCUGUCUUGGUCAUAUUGGUGAUUUGACGUUCACAGUGGAUUUCCUUUUCUUAGAAGGUUUUCAUAUACUACGUACAUAAUCAA